AUGACAUCCAAUGGUUCUACUAUGACACCAACAAACAGUUCUCCUGAUAUUAAUUCAUCAAGACUACAACCAACGUCUCAACUACUCCCAAAAUUAGUCAGACGAUCAUCUGUAUCAAGUACAACACAAAAACAAAAUGCUUAUACUGCUAAUCAACGUCGUCUAAAUCAUUCAGCAAUAAAUAAUGAUUUUCUUAAUACACGCGCAUCAUCAACUUUAUCUGCACCACUUCUUAUUGAUACAAUUGAUAAUUUUUUUCAAGCAAUAAAAACUAUGGAAGAAGAAAUAAUGUUACCAUCAAGACUUAAAGACAUGCCAGUUGAAGAAAUGGUCUUCGAUAAUUCUGUUCAACCAGAUAAUUGGCAUGAUAUUUAUACAUUUAUUCGAGAUAUGAGAAAUCAAUUACAACUUACACAUCCAUUUGCUGAAGAUGAUGAUAAUAAUAAUAAUAAUAAUAAUAAUAAUAAUAAUUCGAAAGAAAAUCACAGAAAAUAUUCCAAUGAUGAUGAAGGAAUUAUAAUUCCACAUAAUGAUGUUAAUCAAUUUUCAUCAGCAUCAUCAACUGUAUCGUCUGAUGAAUUCGAUCAAAUUUCAACAUCAUCAAUUGCUACAUCAUAUGAAGCAAUAAAAGAUGAACUUAAAUAUCAUUAUUAUGGUCUUUUUCGAUCACUUGAUAGUUUAACAUCAAUGGCUAAUCGUGUGACGGAAAAAUAUCGAGAAGAAUCUGCUUUUUAA